AUGGGAUGCGGUGUAUGCAGGACUCGGCUGAACUCGGGCAGAGCGCUGUCCAGAGUGCCGUUGCCUGUUACAAUGCUUUUACUUUUUCUUUACCUUUUUCACUGCCUGAACGGAUUUUGUGACUCGGCACCGAAAAUGACUGAUCAACAACCUCUGUCAGAGCAUCAUACCGCAGGAAAAGCGCUCUUUAGCGGCUCGUUUACACAGCCAGAGCGCACAGAACAGCCGGGGAACAGGACUGGAUCCACCCGUGCGCUCAGUGCGCACUCACAACCCGCACUUUCCCAGUACAGCCCCGGAGAAAACACAAUCCCACUGUCCAACUCGUACGGAACUAAGAAAUUUCCACAAGCCAUUAUUAUUGGAGUCAAGAAAGGGGGAACCCGGGCACUUCUGGAGUUUUUGCGCGUCCAUCCUGAUGUGCGCGCUGUGGGAUCCGAGCCGCACUUCUUCGACAGGUUUUACCAUAAAGGACUCGAAUGGUACAGAAACCUGAUGCCGAGGACCCUCGAUGGGCAGAUCACAAUGGAGAAAACACCCAGCUACUUCGUCACCAAAGAGACGCCUUCCCGCUUGUGUGCUAUGAACUGUGACACCAAGCUCAUCAUAGUGGUCCGUGACCCGGUAACCAGAGCCGUGUCUGACUACACUCAGACUCUCACCAAGAGCCCUGGACUACACUCCUUCCAAACCUUGGUGUUUAAAAACUUCAGCCUGGGAGACAUUGACUCCUCGUGGAGUGCAGUGCGCAUCGGUAUGUACGCUCAGCACCUGGAGAACUGGCUGAAGUAUUUCCCACUCUCCAACUUCCUGUUUGUGAGCGGCGAAAGAUUGGUGAGUGACCCGGCUGGUGAGGUAGGACGCGUGCAGGACUUCCUCGGUCUCAAGCGCAUCGUCAGCGACAAACAUUUCUACUUCAACCAGACUAAAGGAUUCCCGUGUCUGAAGAAGCCAGAGGGCAGCAGUAGACCACGCUGUUUGGGAAAAUCUAAAGGCAGGACUCAUCCUAACAUUCCCAAAGAGGUGCUCCAGAAACUCAGGGAAUUUUAUCGUCCCUUCAACCUUAGGUUCUACCAAAUGACUGGCCAGGACUUUGGUUGGGACUGA